AUGCGCUCUCCAGAUGCUACCUUUGAGCGACCAGCGGUUGCAUCUGUGCUCAGAACCGAAAGUGAUCGCGUGCCUCAAGUACUGAUUAGCCAAGCGAGCACUGAUUUGAGGAGAACUCGUUCCGAGAGCCAACUAGAUGCCAAAUUGCUGGAUGCUAUUUCUGUGAGCUCAUCAGCAUCAUUAGGAAUGGAGGACGAGAUUUCGGUCUACACAGUCAGCUCGCUUGGAAGUGAAAUGCAAGCAGAGCCAUUAAUACCACCGUUAGAAAACCUCGACGUCCAAGGUUUUCUGACUCCUGAUGUACUCACUCCUCGUGAGAAGGAUGCGAAGGAUGCUACAUUAACGCCUGGUAUGUCUCUUGCAGAAGUGGAAAAAGAAGCUGCUGCAGCCACAGCAAUUGCUGCCUCUGCGCCUUCUUCUAGUUUACAUCCAACAAUGGAAGGUACAAGCUCUGUGGCCUCAUCAUUAUCGCUAAAAACUGAAGAUGAACAGGAAGAGGAAGGCAGCUUGAGUCGAAGUAGGCCGACGAGCACAAGAAAGCAGCGGUUGCACGCUACUCUACAAGCUAGCAAACGAAAAGUACUUGACUUGAUGCAAAAGCGACGUGCCGCAACUCCAUCCUCAGUGGCGGAUGCAGCAGAAAUGGGAGCUGAUGCCGGGGAAAUGGAUGGCGCUGCUGAAGGUGAUAGAAUGGAGAACGUUCUUUGGGGACAAUCCUUGCACUAUGAACUUGACGGAGGCACAGCUUCUGCGUCACCCUCUAAGUCCUCAUGUAAAUAUCUCAAUAUUACUGUACAUGCAAAAGAAAUGCCUUCUACUCCGCCACCUCUUGUGGCUGAAGCACCCUCUGCGACUCCUUCUGCAGCCCCCGUUCUCGAAGCAGAACCGCCAAAACCGAUUCUUUUGGGAUAUACAUCUCUAUACGUUCCGCAGAUACUAGAUGACUGUCAACUCACCUUAUCAAAUUGUCACCGCGAAGUAUUCCAUUUGAAGCCUCCCACUGAAGUGCAGUCGAUCAACGAUCCCUUCACGCAAGAGUUCUCACGGCAUGCAGGAUAUGAUCCUCGUCUUUUAUACGGAGAUGUGACAUUAGGAUUCCGUUAUUUCGCAAAUGGACUUCCCCAUGGGGCUGGACUCCUUUUAGGUGAAGAAAGUGAGCAAGAGGAGAAAGUUGAGGAACAAUCUGUGGAUGCUAAAUCUAAAGCCCUUUUCCAGCCAUGUGAAAACACCAAUCAACAUGACUGGAAACCAUGGAGCAGUAAAAGUGGAAGCGCCGUUUGCGCAAUGUGCCGAGGGAAAAUUUGGCUGAAAAGCGCAAGCUGCUGCCAGCGAUGUCUCGUUGUUUGUCAUUACAAAUGCGUGGAUAGAGCGGCAACAGGAAUUGCAUGCACACCGCAUCCAAUCAGCCAAGGAGAUGCUCAGUUUGCUGAAUUGAAUGUUGAUGCAAAUGUCCAUGGUGACCGUGUUGAAGAGUGUCCCUCGUCUCUUAUCCCAUCAACACCACAGAAUACCCAACCACCACUAGCUAGAGGUGAAGACGUUGAACUCACCUCUCGUCGAACACGAUUGCGAAACAGGGUCACCGAGAAGUUCUCAUCAUGGAGAAAAGGUGGCAAAACUAGCUCUAAGCCAGAUUUGGAUCUUGCAUCUAAUCGCGAUUCGCAUAUAUCUGAGUUAUCUGCUGCUGGUGAAACUGAGGAAUUGCUUAGCCCAAUGGCAAGCAUCCAGGAUUGCCUAUCAGAUCUUUUGCCUACAUUGGAAGGAUCUCCUUUCAUUCGUAAUCUCUAUUUCCAACCUGGAAAUGCGUAUAAUGAGCAAACAAUCAAUCAUGCCAAAGUUCUUGGAAAGGAGAUAUUUGCAGAUCUCAAGGGAGAAGAGCGAAAGGCAAAAAUAAAUGAGCAGAUAGACCGCAUUCAACUCGCCAUCCGAGAAACGAAAGAUGACCGUCUAGCUGCCUUAAAAAAGGAUGGCACGGAGAAGAAGGGUAAAUCUUUCGAAGGGUUGGAUGAACGCCUGCAAGCACUUGCAGUACUAAUGCUGCAUUACUGUGCUGCUUUACAGGAUUGCGAAACGCGGCAAGAAUCUUCAACAGCUGUAAUGACGAAUGACACUGCCCCUUCAACAGAAAGUGCGUUAGAUGGACGAUCGCUUUCGGUAUGGUGUUUGAUAGCUAACCGUGAUCCUUAA